GCAGCUCCCUGCCUCCUCCCCUUUGACGUGGCAGAGGCGGCACCAGCCAUGUUGUCCGGGCCGAGGCCCUCCUGGAGGCCGGGGGCGGGGCGGUGCCGCCCCUGAUUGCGGUGCCACGGCUGCUCCCGGGCGGCGGAGGGGAUCGACUUUGCAAGGCGGAGGCUGCGUCCGGCGCGGAGCUCCUGGGAAGAAGUAAGAAUCAAGCGCUACAAUGACAACCUAUUUGGAAUUUAUUCAACAAAAUGAAGAACGAGAUGGAGUCCGGUUCAGUUGGAAUGUUUGGCCAUCUAGUCGUCUGGAAGCUACAAGAAUGGUUGUUCCAGUGGCAGCCCUGUUUACACCUCUGAAGGAGAGACCCGACUUACCACCCAUUCAGUAUGAGCCUGUCCUGUGCAGUAGGACGACUUGCCGUGCAGUUUUGAAUCCUUUAUGUCAAGUGGAUUAUCGAGCAAAACUCUGGGCUUGCAACUUUUGUUACCAAAGGAAUCAGUUUCCACCUACAUAUGCUGGGAUAUCUGAAUUGAACCAGCCGGCUGAGCUUUUACCCCAGUUUUCAAGCAUUGAAUAUGUAGUUCUGCGUGGCCCCCAGAUGCCUUUGAUAUUUCUCUAUGUGGUUGAUACUUGCAUAGAAGAUGAAGAUUUACAAGCUCUGAAGGAAUCCAUGCAGAUGUCAUUGAGUCUUUUGCCACCUACAGCUUUAGUUGGACUUAUUACUUUUGGGAGAAUGGUACAGGUUCAUGAGCUUGGAUGUGAAGGCAUUUCAAAAAGCUAUGUCUUCAGAGGAACAAAGGAUCUGUCUGCCAAACAACUGCAGGAAAUGCUGGGACUCUCUAAAGUACCUGUUACUCAAGCUACACGUGGUCCUCAGAUACAGCAGCCACCUCCUUCCAACAGAUUCUUACAGCCAGUACAGAAAAUAGACAUGAAUCUCACAGAUCUUCUGGGAGAACUUCAGCGAGACCCUUGGCCUGUACCACAAGGAAAGAGACCUUUGCGUUCCUCAGGAGUGGCACUCUCUAUAGCUGUAGGCCUACUUGAGUGUACUUUCCCCAACACUGGUGCUCGGAUCAUGAUGUUCAUUGGUGGUCCUGCAACCCAGGGGCCAGGAAUGGUGGUUGGAGAUGAGUUAAAGACACCUAUAAGAUCCUGGCAUGAUAUUGAAAAGGACAAUGCCAAAUAUGUUAAAAAGGGGACUAAGCAUUUUGAAGCGUUGGCUAAUCGAGCUGCUACUACUGGGCAUGUUAUUGAUAUCUACGCAUGUGCAUUAGAUCAGACAGGCCUCUUGGAGAUGAAGUGCUGCCCUAACCUUACUGGAGGAUACAUGGUCAUGGGGGAUUCUUUCAACACUUCCUUAUUCAAGCAAACUUUUCAAAGAGUCUUUACCAAAGAUAUACAUGGACAGUUUAAAAUGGGCUUUGGUGGCACAUUAGAAAUAAAGACCUCAAGGGAAAUAAAGAUUUCAGGAGCUAUCGGACCCUGUGUGUCUCUUAAUUCUAAAGGACCUUGUGUAUCUGAAAAUGAGAUUGGAACAGGUGGUACCUGUCAGUGGAAGAUAUGUGGACUCAGCCCCACUACAACCUUAGCCAUAUAUUUUGAAGUUGUUAAUCAGCAUAAUGCUCCAAUUCCUCAAGGAGGACGAGGUGCAGUCCAGUUUGUGACCCAGUAUCAGCACUCAAGUGGGCAAAGGCGCAUCCGAGUCACCACAAUUGCUAGGAACUGGGCAGAUGCUCAAACUCAAAUCCAAAACAUUGCUGCAUCUUUCGACCAGGAAGCAGCUGCCAUUCUCAUGGCCCGGCUGGCAAUAUACAGAGCAGAAACAGAGGAGGGGCCAGAUGUGCUUAGAUGGUUGGAUAGACAACUCAUUCGACUGUGUCAGAAGUUUGGAGAAUAUCACAAAGAUGAUCCAAAUUCCUUCCGAUUUUCAGAAACAUUUUCCCUAUAUCCACAGUUUAUGUUUCAUUUAAGAAGAUCUCCUUUCUUGCAAGUUUUUAACAAUAGUCCUGAUGAGAGUUCAUAUUAUCGUCACCAUUUCAUGCGUCAAGACCUGACACAGUCUCUAAUCAUGAUUCAGCCCAUUUUGUAUGCCUAUUCUUUUAGUGGUCCACCAGAGCCGGUUCUUCUAGAUAGCAGCAGCAUUCUUGCAGAUCGUAUUCUUCUCAUGGACACGUUUUUCCAGAUUUUGAUUUAUCAUGGUGAGACUAUAGCACAGUGGCGGAAGUCAGGAUACCAGGACAUGCCAGAAUAUGAAAAUUUCCGGCACCUUCUGCAGGCUCCUGUGGAUGAUGCACAAGAGAUCCUCCACUCCAGAUUUCCAAUGCCGAGAUACAUUGACACUGAGCAUGGUGGCAGCCAGGCACGUUUCCUCCUUUCGAAAGUCAACCCUUCACAGACUCAUAAUAACAUGUAUGCCUGGGGGCAGGAGUCUGGAGCACCUAUUCUCACAGAUGACGUUAGUUUACAAGUGUUCAUGGAUCAUUUGAAGAAACUUGCUGUGUCAAGUGCUGCUUGACAUACCAGAUGUGCUAGACACUCAAGAAGGAUUACUACUUCAGUUUCUUUUGUUUUUUUUUCAUUUAUCUGUGGAAACAGCAUAGAUCUCUCUCUAAACCUGUUUUGUGUCAGUAUGGUUUGAGGUGACAUAUGGAAAAAUGUUGAUGAUUGCAGAUUAAGCUGAAAUUGAGAGCAAUGAGAACAAGUUUUGCUUGGUACAGUAUUAUAACCGGUUUUAUAAAUUUGAAGUUUUUAUGAUUUAAUUAUGUCAAAAGAGUUAGAAUGGUUUGCUUUGUAUAGCAGAUCCCACUUAUUUGUAUACUGCAGACAGAUCCAAAGUGGCACUGGGUAUUCUCACUGACCUUUUAGGGAGUAUUUAAUAGGAGCCAGAAAGGAACAAAUCAAUAGUGAUAUAUAUGAACAAUUUGCUUUUUUGUUAAGUAAUUUUUCUGUGUUUUUCAGCACACAUGUAUACCCUGUUCUGUACUUUGUUAAAGUGGAUUUAUUUUUAUGAUUUAUUAAGGAAUUAUUUGACUUUAUAGUAGUAAUUUUUAUGAAGGUAAUUUAAUGUUUUUGGUUAUCUGUAAAAAUUAUUUAGAGCUAAAAGUUUUGAGUGAGGUAACAACCCCACAGCUGACAUUAAAUGUGAAAUUCCUGCAGAGUACCCAACUCAUGUUACUAACUAGAAUAAUUUUUUAAAGGAAGCUAGAAAAAGAAAACAUGUCACAAUAAUUAAAGGAAUUCUUUGCAGUAAAAGACUGUUAUAACUAUUAACCAUAUUUUGAUUUUGUUAUAUUUUAUUGCUCCCCUCUUUAGAUAAAUUUUCAUUCUUCAGUAUUUUAACACUAUUUUAGGACUUUUCACUUCGUUUUUGUUUCUUGUUUCCUUGUGAAAUUUAUUAAUUUGUGGUUCUUACUGAGACAGUAUUAUAUAAUGUUUAAUUAUGUCAUGUGGACAUAGUUCUGUUUGAUUUACUGAUUAGUAUAAUUCACUUUUACCUUUUAAAGUUUACUUGUAGCAAAUGUUUACAUUGCUAAAGCAGAUAAGUUUGACAAUGAAAUUUAUGUAUCAAGUACUGCGAAUUCAAGGUGGUGCUCUGAUAGUUGCUAAGGACAGUGGUGACGGUGAUUGUACUUGCAUGAACACAAUCAGACAAUGGCAAAGCAGAAGCUUCUAAUUGUUGUACUCAACUGUUAAAUAAAUUGCUUUGUUCUGUUUUAUUUGAAUUGAACAGUGCUAGGCCAAAAUGCCAAUAAAAUAUACCUUUCUCUCAGUUAUUUUAAAAGCUUAAGGUAAAAUUAUAGCACUUAUUAAUUCAUUCACUCAUUCAUUCAUUCAUUCAUUCAUUCAUUCAUUCAUUCAUUUGAGUCAGAGUUUCACUAUUUAACUCUGGUUGUCCUGGAACUUAUUAUGUAGACCAAGCUGGCUUCAAACCCACAGAGAUACACCUGCCUCUGCCUCCCUAAUACUGGGAUUAAAGGCAUGCACCACUAUGCUGGGCCUAAAUUUUUUGAUUGAGUGAUACACAAUUGUACAAACUUAUGAGUACAAUGUGAUAAUUCAAUACCUAUAUAUAAUAAUGAUCAGAUUAUUUUAAUUAGCAUUUUCAUUUCUUCUAAACAUUUGUGUUGGAAACCUUCAGAUUUUUCUCUCCUAAUUCCUGUACAAAUAUGCAAUAAAUUGUUAUAAACUGUCA